ACUGGCUGGUUUUCCUUGUUGGAGUGACUAAUGCUGAGGACAUGUACUAUGCCACAUCAACGCGGGGAAUGGCUUCCCUGGUUCAAGUAGAAGACGAACUUAUUGCUCUUAUGCGGCAGUACGCAGGGGAGUUGCAACAAAAAAUAAACACAAUGCGAACUUUUUAUAAGGAGUGGACAGCUAGAAGAAUGAAAGGUCCUGCUGAUCCUACGACCUAUGUGGCGAAUCCUUUAAUAAGCUAUCCCUUGAUACGGCGAAUGCACACGGAUGCUCACAAGUGGUUGGAGUUCGCUAAGCCAGAUAUAAAUCAGGGCUCUCUUAAAAAGUUUUUACACAAGGACUUCAGGAUUUCAGCAACGGAUCUUAAAAUGGCUGCAACUGGAUUGAUUCGCUUUCAGGGGGUUUACGGCCUGAACGAGAGUGAAAUGGCCAAUGGAAAACUGUAUGACAAACAGUACAACUCUCGGCUCAGUGCAGCAGAUUGCCUCGCUUUGGCAACUCAUCUGGAGAACCAGCAAAAGGACAAAUUGGCCCUCAAGUGGUUGAACGUUUCCCUCAAGCAGUACGAAGAUCAUUUGGACCCUGUUAAUAGGUUGCUUCAAACUGGACGAUCCCAAAUCUAUGAACAUUUAGGCCUAAUUCUGCUUUCCAAGGACGACCUGCCGGCGAGUCAAGAUGCUCUUAAAAAGUCAAUCGAGUGGGCCUCCAAAGAUGAUAAUACCAGUCUGGCCGAUCACUUGGUUGAUAAUUUGAGGCACAUAUUUGUUCAUUUGGACAACUGUCGGGGGAAAAACCUUCUUCCAAAGAAUUCCUCUCUUCGUUGUCAGUAUUUUACAGAAGGCUCACCAUUUCUGCGACUGGCUCCUUUGAAGCUUGAACAACUCAACCUUGAGCCUUUCAUCGGACUCUACCAUGAUGUUGUUUCACUCGAGGAGCAGGAGGAUUUAAUUGCCCUUACAAGAUCAAGGUUUGAACAGAAGCAAGAGGAUGCUGAGUUGGAUGCGAAUGCCUCAAGCCAUGUGAAGAUUCUCCACCAAAGGAUUGAGGACAUGACAGGACUUGAGUUGGAAAACAGUGAACCACUAACAGUUUCCAACUUUGGCAUUGGAGGACAGCAGUACAUCCAUUUUGACUGCCAGCAGCCUAAGAAGUUUGAUGAGCCAUUCAAAGAAGAGUACCGCACGGCGACAGUUCUUCUUUACCUCUCUGAAGUUCAGAUGGGCGGCUACGCCUCCUUUCCGGAUCUGGGCUUUGGCUUAAAGCCCAGUCGUGGAUCGGCCUUGGUUUGGCACAACGUUGAUAACUCGGGGAAAUGCGACAUUCGCAGCUUGCAGGCCAUCUGUCCCGUGCUCCUUGGAACCCAGUGGGUGGCCAGAAAAUGGAUCAGUGGGUCAGGCCAGUGGCGCAGGAAACCCUGUCGGAAGUGAAGAAAAGCGGUCUUCCAUUCGGUUUUUCCUCUUUUGCGAUAAUUUAUUCAAUAAUUUUGUCGUUAUUUAUAUUAUGAUAAUAAAUUUUAUGCACUA